UCACUUCUGAUAUCUGGAACAGUGGCAAUCUUUAAACAAUUCGAUUGCACAAGGGUUGGUACAUGCAAGGAAAAUAGAAAAUGGAAUUUAAAAAAGUAUCGUUACAUUCGGUGCCCGCCCUCAAAACAGAAAGCGAUGAACAUCUAUCAGCUGUUUUUGAUGAUCUUGGAUUCACGGAAUCAUUCAUCAUAGUUGAUGUGAAAUUGAUUGUCGGAUAUCUCUCUGUUGCCGCCGCCGGCUUGAUGUAUUAUCUAGACAAGAAGUUCAAAAAUGAUUUCAACAACACGGCAUAUGUUUUUUAUAUCCAGUUUUUGGUUUCUGUCUUCUUCACCCUCCAGUUUGUAUGGUUUCUAGUCAGCAAGUUCGUUGAGAAAGACAUCAAAUACACAGGCAAAAAAAAUGGCAAAACCUUAAAGGUAAGCACAUCUACAAAAUCGAAGACGGACCCAGUCUACCAAAUUACCAUUAACCUCGAUGGG